UUGACAGUAUUUAACGGUUUAUUGAAAAACAAAAUUUUUGAAAGUUUUCAAUUAAAAUAAUAAAAUAUAUAAAUAAUAAAAUAUUUUAUUCGACAUCGUAAAAUGAUCGUGAAAGUUGUUGUGCAUAGCAGGGAAUUAUCAUAACUGUGGAGAAAAAUUUUUUGAUUAUUUUUAAAGAAGUAUACAUUUUAAACUGUUCCUUGUUUUGUUGGAUACAAAAAUGAGAAGUUCAAGAUCUUUAUCAAACAUACCGUUGCCGUCCAAUUUCCGAAGAGAUUCUUCUAAAAAUAGGGACCGACCUAAAUCAGUCGUUCGUAAUAGUCGGGAAAAAAGCGCCGAUUUACUGACUCCCUUAGCUUACAGAACAUCUGAUAGAAAGUGGCUAUUUGAAAAGCAAAGAAACACUCCGUCAACACCAUUUUCUGCUUGCAGUAGUCGCUAUAGGCCUUCCAGUAUAGGAUCAAAGAACUCUCUCUCUGUCACAAAGAGAGAUAGAUCGCCAAAUGUUCCCUCUUUGCAUAAAUUAAUGAACGAUAAAAAGUGGCUCCAUGAACAAUAUAUUAAAGUUCAGGGAUUUAUUCAAUCUAGUGGACUUUUCCCUCCUGAUCUUGCAGGGAUGAUUAAACCCCCAACAAUAAAAACUUUUGUAGAACUGAUGUCAAUAUUAUUAAAGGAAAUAAUAUCUACUGUACCAAUUAAUUCCCAAAACUACACCGAAAUCGUUUUGUCAAACUUAAAGUUGUUGAGAUAUCCAGGUUCGAUUACAAUGUCAACAAUUAAAAGUGCAAACACCAUGCACGGCUGGCCUCAUUUUAUUACAAUAGUAUCUUGGUUGAUAGACAGAGUUACUUUAAGCAGAACUGUAGUAGUAAAUUAUGACGAAGAGUCUCAAAGAGCAGCCGCAUGUCAAGACAUACUUUGGGAAUAUAAGAUCACACGUUACAAUUAUUUCUCUGAGGGUGAAAACGGAGAUUACAUUGUUCAAGCAGGGAAUGCCUUAUUUAACGAUUUAACAAAAGUCACGGACACAGAUCUAGAUGGUCUUAAAAUUCUCGAAGAGAAUUUUGAGAAACUUCAGGCUGAUGUAGAACUUACAGAACAUCAAAUAGAAGAAUUAACGCACGAACAUACAAAGAUACAACAGCUAAAUCAAGAGAAAAAACAAGUUAUUACCCAGUUUCAGGAAAAUAAAGGCAACAGAGAACAAGAAGUUGAAGAAGAGCUGGUUCGUCUCAAAAAAUUAGUCAGUAAAGAACAAGAGAAAAAAGAAAAACUUACAACGUGUUUAACACAAUUACAAUAUGAAAUAGCUAAUCAAACAUGUAAAAUAAAGGAAAAAAACGAAAUUUUAAAUCAAAUAGAAGAUUUAAAAAGGGUUGUUACAAGGAAGGAGAAAAAAAUUGCAGGAUACAGAUUGAUACAGGACGAUUUGGAUCGUGAAUUGAAGACUAAAGUUGUUCAAAUUGAAUCUAAAGUAGAUGCUUGGAAUGUGUCAGUGACUAAAACAUUUCUGCCAGAUUUGCAACAUUUGCAUUUAAGAGAAAAGGGAUUUCAUUGCGAGGAUUUUUUGAAAGAAAUAUUAGAAAUGGAUAAGGAAAGAAGAUUAAUCGAAAAAGGUCUCUUAGAAGAAUUUAAAUCUAUUCAGGGCGAUAUAUGUCAGAAAGAACGCGAGAAGAUAAUAUUAAAAGAAAAAAUUAAAGUUUUUUUGGACAGAGAAAAACGUUUGGACGAUUCCAGAAAAGAUAUUGAAGCGGACAAGGAAAAGCAUCAAAAAAUGCUUCAAGGGAUCGAAGAUAUUACGAAAACCCAAGAUUUUGAAAUUAAUCAUUUAGAACAAUUAAUAUGUCAAAACAGGAAAGACGCAGAAAAUUUAAUUAAAGAAUAUGAAGAACGUAUACAGCAAUCUUCCCAACAUUUGAAUCUUAUGGCAAAAAAGGGAAUGGCUAUUUUAAUUGAGGCACAUAACAUGACCUUAAGGCUUCUUGCUAGAAUUGAUGUUAAGUUGAAUUCGGAAAUGCAGAAGCUACUGUUAAGGAACGAGCAAGCCAAGGAAUCUUUACAUAGAGCUUUUCAAGAACUUAUCGAAUCAAAGGCUUUAACUGAGAAGUUAUAUGCUUGCUUUAAUGAAGAAAAUUAAAAUACUUUUUUUAUGUGUUGCAUUAAAAUUUGGAUUUACUAUUUAUACAUAUUUAGACUUUUUAAUUAAACUUUUGUAAAUUAAAUUGCA